AUGAAUCCACAGCUCAUCAAUACUGUCACCAUCCACUGUACUAUCAAUAAUCCUCCGCCACAUACCGCACUCACAGCAUUUACCGAUGGCUCUAAAAUAGACAACAAAGUUGGAGCAGCAGCUACCAUCCAACUACCCUCAGGAGAAGAACUCAAAUGGCAAAGCCAUCUUCACCAAAACAAUAGUGUACACCAAGCAGAAACGACAGCAAUCCUUCAAGCAAUCAACCUUUUCACCGACCUCCCCACGGAUACAAUCCACAUAGUAAGUGACAGCCAGUCAUCCAUACAAGCAAUCAAGAACGAAGACAACAAAUCUCCCCUUGCCCAGCAAAUAAGAAAUACCAUUUGCAACAGCCACAAGAACCAUAUAAUAUCAUGGACCAAGGGCCACAGCACUUGUGACGGAAACAACAGGGCCGAUGAAUUAGCAAAACAAGCAGCACAAGAAUGUCUCGGACCUACUAUCUCAAUCCCCUGGCCACGCUCUUACCUCAAACAACAACUCCAUCAACAAGCACUUCAACACUGGCAACAAAACUGGAAUAUACAGGAACAAGGACGAAGAACACAUGGAUUAUUUCCCAAAAUUGACGAAGACAGGCUGGAAACAAAGUACUACCUAACUCAGUUCAUAACAGGACACGGACCGUUCCCUACCUACUUCAAAGCAAGAAACCUCUCAAAUACAGAUACAUGCGCAUGCGGUACAACAGGCGACGCAGAACACUACCUCUUCCACUGCACUCUCACCAGCACCAUACACACAAAACAUCCAACUGAACCUGGCACAGAAUUUACACGGUUUCUCCUCAAGCAUCCACCAGUAUUCAAGCAAAUAAAACGGAUAAUAGACUAUCUCCAUCAAGCAGGAUUGGACUUGUGCCAUCCGUGA